AUGGAUGCGCCAUCGCUGCCGCUAACGUGCGGUGAAGUCAUGGACAUUCCCGGCACCACAUGCGUUGGGUGCGCUGCGAUUGUGCCAUAUGACACGAGCAGUCUCAGUGGUUUCAGUUGUUGCGUUAUCGCAUCACACACCGAAGUGCAUCUGCUGGGGCCCGACAUCGUAAAACGCGAUGGGACCAUCAUCUCUGUAAAAUUGUGGUCACCUAAUGUCGAACAAGGUCACGUGCGAAUUACUUCCAUCGUUGCGUUUCUUCCAGGGGCUGGGGAAGAUGGUCCACCCGGCACACCAGAUUCUACGCAGCAGCAUGAGCACACUGUCCCUGAUACAACGUAUGUUGUUGUUGCAUGGGAAAGCAGCCACGAGCAUCAGCAGCAACCCCACGUCACGACGUUAUUUUUCUCGCUGCUGGAUACCCUCUCUGCACCAGACAAUCCCAUCGUCGUGGCGAAUGAGACCACUUUUUUUAAGGAAAGAAACCGACAGCGCCUCGUCCGGCUCUUCUACAAUCCACUGUUCAGUGUAUCAGCGAAAGACGGAGAAUACGUUGUGCUUUGCAGCUGCUACCAUGAUGAACAGCGGAAAGAGGCGAGUACCGGGCCCAACAAAAGGCGCAAUCAACGCGUACUUACGCCGGGGGACCCACACAAUGUCAUUAACGGGUGUUUCUCAUUUGUCCACUUCCGUCCCGGACAGACGGAGGAACGCAGCUUAGAGGCAAUGUGGCUUAUCGAUGCACCACCGUGUACUGCUCCGUGGUUAGUUAGUCCGUCGUGCGGUGGUAUCGUAUCUGCUCUAACAGUGCAGAAACAACAGGGGGAAGCACCUUGCGCGGUUGCAGCAAUGGGUACAACCAGAGGUCGUGUGAUUAUAAUGUACAACGGCAGAAGUAGCGUCGUUCGUCGUAGUAGAGGUCCAAUAGCCGACGUCGCCUUCGUGGAAAGCUCCGAUGCGCAAGCCCAGGUGGUGCCAUGUGGUAGCGAUGCAGUGGAACAGUUGCAACGGCGGCUGAAGGUGUUGUCGGACAACAGCCCGGUAUAUACCUCGCGAAAUGAAAGCGGUAAGUUCGUACCAAUGAGUCUUGUUGUUCUGGAUAGUUUGGGUUACAUCAUGGUCAUACGCCACGUAAACGGUGAUGCAUCCACCGUUCAGAUGGUUCCUGAUGUGCAGCAGUUCAUCACACUAUCAUGGGGGAUUUUGAAUACCGCAAGCAAACCAGAUGCCAGCGGAAACGAUAUCACUUUUGGUUCGGGUGAGUGCAGUGCAAGUCAAUUUUCCGAUUGCUCCAAAUCCUCCUCGGAUCUCCCACCGGGUCGAAUAGUGUUUUGUCGGCACAGGCAGCGGUAUGCCUUGGCUGGGGAGGAUGUUGAUGGUACUUGCACCCCGCCAACUAAUGAUCGUGGUGAUACCGGUGGGGACAGCACAGUUAAGGCAAUGUACGGCCCGGGUCAUGUGCUUAGUAGCGGUUUGCUUAGCAUAGCCGUUGUGCCUGAGUCACCGGGACGCGUGGAAUUUGUGGUCAGUACAAUGGGCCAGUUGAUCGCGUCUGUCGUGUGGAAUGAGCAAGACGAUACUUUUGGUAUUGGCAAAUGCCUGAGAGCCCCGGAAUCAAUGUUCUUUGUUGGGUUUGUUGACUUCUUCAAUACGGGUGUCGCCGAAGUUGUUAUGGCGGGGGUGCACCACGUCCUUGUGUCUCGCCGAUCGCGACGGGAGCACGUUGCGAGGGCCCUGUUAUUGUUGCGUCUUUUGGACGGAAAUGAAGGUAGGGCCACAACCACGGAUAGUACCCCAAGUAUGUGCUGA